UUCCUCUGGUUACCAUUUCACACUGACCAUUAACCCACCUGCUCCAUCAAAGACAGACUCAAGAUAAAGGAAGAGGGGAAAUGUACUUCUGGACCAGGCUUUCCAUACUCUGCCUGCCAUUGUUCCUUCUUCUCAGCCUUGUUUCCUCUACCGAGACAGAGAAAUCUUCCACCCAGGACAGCAGUGGCACUUGGAGCCCUGGCCAGCUGACAGAAGUACUCCGAGUCCUCUCUACUGGCGACCACCCACCCCUGAACCACUCAAGAAGCCUCAUCAAAAUACUGUUAGAGAAAACUGGCUGCCCCCGGAGGACAAGUGGAAUGCAAGGAGACUGCAAUCUGUGCUUUGAACCAGAUGCCCUGUUGCUAAUAGCUGGAGGAGACCUCGAAGGUCAGCUCAGAGAUGAAGUUGUCCAGAGAGUCUCUCUUCUCCUCCUCUAUUACAUCAUUCACCAGGAGGAGAUCUGUUCUUCAAAGUUCAACAUGAGUAACAAGGAGUAUAAAUUUUACCUGCAUAGCCUCCUCAGCCUCAGGCAGGAUGAAGACUCCUAUUUCCUCUCACAGAAUGAGACAGAAGAUAUCUUGGCACUCACCAGACUGUACUUUGACACUUCCAGAAGCCAGUGCAUGGAAACAAAAAUGCUUCAGAAAAAGUCUGGCAUAUUAAGCAGUGAUGGCGCUGAUGAAAAUACGCUUCCUCAGUUGGCAGCAACAAUCAUUGCUUUGUCUCUUCAAGGUGUUUGUCUGGGGCAAAGAGACUUACCUGCCCCAGACUAUUUCACGGAAUACAUUUUCAGUUCCUUGAAUAGUACAAAUACUCUUCACCUAUCAGAACUAGACCAACUCCUCAACACUCUCUGGACCAGAAAUACCUGUAUCAGAAAAGCUAAAGUCCAUCAACUGCAAUGGAAACAAAACAAUAUGACGGUUCAUGGUUGGAGUUACCCUAAUAUAUCUGUACCUGUGGGCCAUGAGUUGGAUGGUGGUCCAGUUCCCUGGGAUCAGACUUGCUUCUCUGCUGGGCAACUGGUGGAAAUAUUUCUACAGAACAGCCUCUCACCUAUUUCUAAGGAGGACUUUAAACAAAUGAGUCCAGGAAUCAUCCAACAAUUGCUCAGCUGCUCUUGCCAGCUGCCCAAGGACCAACAAGAGAACCUGCUGCCCACCACUCUAGAGAAAUAUGGCUACAGCACAGUGGCCGUGAUGCUGCUCACGCUGGGCUCCCUGCUGGGGACCACGCUGCUCCUGUUCCACAGCUGUGAGGAGAGCUACAGGCUCAUUUUACAGCUGUUUGUGGGCCUGGCUGUUGGGACCCUCUCUGGGGACGCUCUGCUCCACCUGAUCCCUCAGGUUCUUGGUUUAGAUAAGCAGGAAGCCUCAGCGUCUGGACAUGUCCAUGAAAGCAAAGGUCACAUUUGGAAACUCUUGGGACUAAUUGGAGGCAUCCAUGGAUUUUUCUUCAUAGAAAAAUGUUUUAUUCUUUUUGUGUCACCACGUGUCGAGCAGGGCAUGCCACUGGUUAAUAGGCACAUGGGACAUUCCCAUCAUCUUGCACUCAAUUCUGACCAGUCAGGCAAAGGCCAAUCUGCUUCAACUAUCCAGCUGAAAGGCCCAGAAGACUCCCAGGCAGCUGAAAUUCCAAUAGGCAGCAUGACAGCCUCCAACAGAGAAUGCAAAUCCAUUAGCUUGUUAGCAAUCAUGGUGCUGGUUGGGGACAGCCUGCAUAACUUCGCAGAUGGCCUCGUCGUAGGGGCAGCCUUCUCGUCUUCCCCUGAGUCUGGAGUAACCACAACAAUUGCUAUCUUGUGUCAUGAGAUUCCACAUGAAAUGGGAGACUUUGCUGUGCUGCUAAGCUCUGGACUUCCUGUUAAAAUUGCCGUCCUGAUGAAUUUUAUAAGUGCUCUAACUGCCUUCAUAGGACUGUAUAUCGGCCUCUCAGUAUCAACUGAUCCUUGCAUUCAAAAUUGGAUCUUGACAGUUACUGCUGGGAUGUUCUUAUAUUUGUCCUUGGUGGAAAUGCUUCCUGAAAUGACUCAUGUUCAAACACGGCGACCCUGGUUGAUGUUUCUCCUGCAGAAUUUUGGAUUGACCCUAGGCUGGCUUUCUCUGUUACUCUUGGCUAUAUAUGAACAAAAUAUUACAAUAUAAGUUAAGAGUCUCAAAAUCCUUCAAAAAUGAAUUUAAAUGGUCUCAUUUUUAUUUCUUUUGUUGUACUCUAUAGUGACUUGUAAAUUAAGUAUUUUUUUCAUCUAGGUAAAGUGUGUGUCAUAGUUCAUUAACAUAUUAAUUUUAUAAUGCAAUUUUGUGUUUGUGGUGUAUAUAUGUCAGGUUGUCCUGAAAUGGAAUUUUGUUAUUAGUCUCCAACACUGUCAUGGAAAUCAUACCUUUUUUUAGUUAUUAGUAAAUUCCAAAUUAAUUUUGGCAAAUUUUCAAAAAAAUGGCAUUUCCUUAAUAAAGAAUGUUUGUCUAUAAUAUUUGAAGUGGCCUGUUGGGAUACAAUUUGCUGCAACUUCCUUGAUGUCAAUAACAAUUUUUUAUGUGAGAUU